AUGAGUGAAGUUGAAGUGAAAAUCGAAGAAACUCAAAAUGGAGAAAACGGACAAACCGAGACGCCAGCUGAGGAAACAACUGAAGCACCAGCGGAAGAACCAGCGGCACAAGAAGAACCACACGUAAGUUUUCAAUUUUAAGUUUUUAUAUAAUCUUUUGCAUUUCAGAAAUACGCUGACAAUGCUGAAUAUCAAAAAUUGAUUGGUUUGAAAAUGAAACAACCAGUUGCUGAAUUGGUUGUUGAAAUUUACGAAUCUGGGCUUCUUACACCUGAAGAUUUGGAUGAACGAGCAGUUGAAAUUAUAAACACCAUCACAGCCGAGCAAGCGAAAUUUAUUUUCAACGAAAUUCAAUCUUCUCAACUUUUCGGUGUUUUAACAAAGUCUUUAUACGUUACUUCUCUUAUCCGAUCAUUCAAAGACCGGAUUAGACAACAAGGUGCAGCCAAUGUUCUCAAGGGUAAACUUAUCAAUGGACCUGAACCAAGUGUUGUUCAAGCCAUUUUGGAUCGCACUAAUUAUCCAUUCGAAGUUACUAUCGGACAAAGAAAGUAUGGUGGUCCAUGUGCUGAUUGGGAUGGACCAGCUACUGGACCAGCUGGACAAGGACAUGAAGUAUAUGUUGGUCAUAUUCCAAAUGAUAUUUAUGAAGAUACCCUUAUUCCAUUAUUCGAACAAUGUGGUAAACUUUGGGAUCUUCGCUUAAUGAUGGAUCCUGUAUCCGGAACUACACGUGGAUAUGCCUUCGUUACUUAUUGUUCUAAAGAAGAUGCUGCUAACGCUGCAAAAACGGUAGGUUUAGUUCGGGGGUAGUGUUAACAGAUUGUGUCACGAUGCAUUUUGAAACACCCUUUUGAAUUAUGGCUAAAAUUUUAAAUUUUCGCGAAAUUUAGUAUGACGGCCACGAAAUUACUCCUGGAAAACCAUUGAAAGUGAACGUCUCUAUCGCAAACACUCGCCUAUUUCUUGGUAAUAUUCCGAAGACCAAAACUAAAGAGGAAAUUUUCGAAGAACUCAAAACUCACACAGGUACAUAAUUUUGGAAACUUUCGAUAUAUUAUAUAUAUUUUUUCAAUUCGAGAUUUGUUCAUUUGAAGCGAAUUUUGUUGCGAAGCAUGUGAUGUGUCCUCGUUUCUAUUUUUCGUAUCUAAAAUUUGAAAAAUUACAGAUGGAGCUACGGAUGUUAUCGUAUAUUCCGUAACGGACAAUGACAAGAUUAAAAAUCGUGGAUUCUGCUUCGUCGAUUUCAUUGAUCACAAAACAGCAUCCGAUGUGAAAAGAAAAAUCACUCAACACAAGGUAUGAUAUAUAUUUCUGAUCCAUUUAAUCAUGUUGUUUUUUUUCAGAUCAAACCAUUCAAUGUUGAUGUUUUUGUUGAUUGGGCUGAACAACAAGAAGAACCUGAUGAUGAAACAAUGUCAAAAGUUAAAGUUUUGUAUGUUCGAAAUGUAAAGGAAUCGAUCACUGAAGAAAAACUGACAGAGUUAUUCAAAGAGUUCGGAGAAUUAGAACGAGUGAAGAAAGUCAAAGAUUAUGCUUUUAUUCAUUUCAAUGAACGUGAAAACUGUAUGAAAGCUUUGGAAGAAUGGAAUGGAAAAGAACUCGAAGGAAUCACCGUUGAAGCAUCUUUAGCUAAACCACCACAAGAGAAGAAAAAGAAGCCAUCAUAUAACCAACGUGGAAAUAGAGGUGGACCUAAUCAAGGUGGAUUCAAUAAUCAACAAGGAUGGGGACAACAACGUGGAGGUCGCGGAGGUAAUAACAAUGGAGGUGGACACUUCGGCGGCCAUCAAGGAUAUUAUCCAAAUGGAUACGAAAUGGCUGCUAUGGCUUGGGGAGGAGGUUACGGUGAUAUGUAUGGAGGAUACGGAGCUGGCUACGGAUAUGGCGACUUCGGUGGAAACGGUGGAUAUGGUGGAUAUGGAGGGUUCGGCGGGGGUGCUCCAGGAGGAUUCCGAGGCGGACGUGGUGGUCCAGUACCAAGAGGUCGAGGCGGAGCACGUGGAAGUGGAACACCGUAAGUUCGUCCUCUAGAAAUUUGAUACUAACAUGAUUAAUUAAAAUAAAACUAACUUUGAUAUUUUAGAAAUCGACGUGGACGUGGAAAGCGACCAGGAGAUGGACGUGGUGGGCCAGCAUCAAAAAGAGAUAGUGGAAGACCAGAUUAUUCAGCUGACGUAAAUAUGAGCAGUUUUUAA